CAAUCAUAAUAAACGCUUAAACCUAUUUCAUUUUGUUACUUUAUAUUUGAAUUAAAAUUUGUAGUAUAUGCAGUUGAAUAAAAAUGAUCUGGUUUAUAAAUGGGAAAAAGAAAAACUUCGAUAGUGUAAUAAGGAGACGAAGAUUAUCAAAACUAUAUGAUAUAUUAGUGAAAAUUCAAACCCCCUCUGUGUAUUCAAAAACAGUUUGUUCUCACCUCAAACCUACUCCGGUAAUAUUAGCAUAUUAUCCAGAGUGAUGGGGUUUCAAAUUGUUUCCACAUUAUUUCUAGGCGGACCCUUUGAAUAUAUGGGCUACCAGUUCCUACCAUCUGGAUAUUUCAACAAGUUAUCUCUUUUCUUGUUUGUUUUAACAUAUCAUUAUGCUCAUUAGUCGCAUAGCCUAUUCAGGAGCGUUUGUGACAAGUUUGCGACAUUUCGCUGUGCAAAUUACGGAAGGGCCCAAUCAAAGACAUCUUGGUUGCUGGCAAUACGCAUCGAAAACAGUGUACAUUACUCAAAUGUCGAUUCCCGAACUGCUAACAUAUCACUGGCGACCACUCAAUAUUUAUCGUCAGAAAAAAAACUUGUUGAAAUACUUUAUGCUGAGAAUUCUACCGAAAUUCUCAUCUUCUAAUUCUUUUACAUUGCCCUUUUUAAUACCAUUUCACCUUGGAUACGAAGUGAUUGAACAUAGUUCUUUUGUUGACUUGAACAUUAAUGGUAAAAUCAGUAAAAUAAAUACAAUAUAAAGUUUUUGAUGCGUGGAAUUUGUUCUUUAAGAUUAUAAGAUUAAUCCAUUUCUAAAUCAUAUAGAAAGCUUACAAUAAAAUUGAACUUCC